AAUACACCACCGCCACCGUCGCCACCAUCCUCGUGGGUUCCUUCACCAGAUUGUCCCCAUGAUGUAGAUGGUGCAUCACCUCCAGGAGUGCUUUCGCCAGACUCGCCCCAUGACCCAGAGGGCGAGUUGCCGCCAGGAGCAGCGCCGGAUCCUGGCUUUCCUUCGCCAGUCUCUCCCCAAGAUCCGGAAUCCCCGCUACCACCAGGAGCACCCCAGGCCGAUCCAGGCGUUCCUUUACCACCCUCUCCAGGCGAGCCACCAGCGGAGGUACCAGGAGCACCCCAGGAGUGUCCAGGCGUUCCCUCACCAGGUUGUCCAGAUGAGCCACCGGAAGUACCAGGCGAUCCCCACGAGUGUCCAGGAGCUCCCUCACCAGGUUGUCCAGAUGAGCUACCAGGGGAAGUACCACCAGGCGCUCCCCACGAGUGUCCAGGGCUUCCUUCACCGGGCUGUCCAGAUGAGCUACCAGGGGAAGUACCACCAGGCGCUCCCCACGAGUGU